GGAAAUCAAGAAGAAGAGUAAAACCUUCCGGGUAGCAGGUGACAGGUGGAUGUUGUUGGUUGCGGGUCAAAUCGACAGGGACGACUCCUUUAAACCGUCUCUCCCGUCACUUUACAGAGACGUGAUUGUGUUCAGUUGAUGUCCUCCCCUUGUAUCCGUUAACUGGUUCCCAAUCACGGUCCUCCCGCUGCUUUUCCGCAACCGACCCUCUGAUGGCCUCCAGGCGGCCGGACAGCUUCGAUGGGCUCGGCUACCGCGGCCGUGACGACCCGCUGUACGGAGCCAGCUACCCGGUCAGGAGCGCCGGAGCCCCUGCGGAGCUGCAGCACCACCACUGGGUCACCACCCCGCCGGACAUCCCCGGAAGCCGCAACCUGCACCCCGGAGAGCGGACACCGCAGUACGAUGAGCUGCUGGGAGAGCAUGGUGGUCCCGGAGUCGCAGCCGGCUGGGACGCUCCGCAGCCCGGCGUACCGCCUGCCGAGCAGCUGAAUCGAUUUGCCGGCUUUGGAAUCGGAUUGGUCAGCCUUUUCACAGAGAACGUCCUGGCUCACCCUUGCAUCGUCCUCCGCAGACAGUGUCAGGUGAACUACCACGCCCGCUGUUACCACCUGACUCCGUUCAGCGCCGUCAUCAUCAUGUACUCCAUCACCAAGGCUCAGGGACUGAAGGCUCUGUGGAAGGGGAUGGGCAGCACCUUCAUCGUUCACGGCAUCACACUGGGAGCUGAGGGCAUCAUCAGCGAGUUCACCCCAUUGCCACGGGAACUUCCUCACAGGUGGAGCUGGAAACAACUGGCUGGACAUUUACUACUGAAAGGGUUAACAGCUGUGGUCGCUCUUCCGUUUUACUGCGCCAGCCUCAUUGAGACAGUCCAGAGUGAGAUUGUCCGGGACGAGGCGUCCUCCGGUCUUCUGGACUGUGUCCGUGAGGGUCUGGCUCGGGUGUUGGGUGUCGGUGCUCCACACAGUCGUCGUCUGCUUCCUCUCAGCUGUCUGCUGCUUCCUGCUGCGCUGCAUGCCAUCCUGCGAUACGCCAUCGCCGCCUCUGUGCAGCGGGUGGCGCUGUGGCUGCACCAGCGGGGCAGGAAGCAACGGACGGACCCGUCCAACCCCCUGGACGCCUACUUCCCCGAGCUGGCGGCUGCGUGGGCGGGGUCUCUGGUGGCAGACGUGAUUGUGUUUCCUCUGGAGACAGCACUGCACCGCCUCAGCCUACAGGGCACACGCACCAUUAUCGACGCCACCGAUGGCGUGGUUGCCACUGGAAAUGGCGGCAGCCCCCUGGUCCUGCCUGUCAACACGCAGUACGAUGGCUUCUCCGACUGCCUCCACGCCAUCCGCCGCAAGGAGGGCGGGGCCGGCUUUUACCGGGGGUUUGGAGCGCUGGUGGCGCAGUACGCUCUGCACGGGGCACUGCUCGCUGCAGCCAGGACUCUGCUGAGGCUGCUGCUGCUGGACAGGAAGCACAGCUAAAGGUGUUACCAUGGAGACGCAGCAUCACCUCCCAUAGAGAGGUCAGCUGACUGAGUCAGUGACGGACGAGCUGCUGGGCAGGAAGGAAUGUGACUGACAUAUCUCCACGUUUCAUCUGUGUAUGGCACAGACACACUGUAGCAACCACCUGCAGCACCAUAGUAACCACCUACAACACCAUAGCAACCACAGAUGGAGUGAGGUUAACAGUUGAAUCAAAGUUAUUUUUCAUUCAGCUACUCUCUACUGAGCAUGCUCAGUGACUCUACUGAGCAUGCUCAGUGGGACAAAAAAUCUUUUUUUUUUUUUUUUUUUGUCUUUUGCUUACUGACCAGUUCAGGUCACCUCCUGCCUUCCUUCAAACAAAAUGUCACCAUGGAAACACUGUGUCCCUUCCUGUCCCAGCAUGAGAGCAUGAAUUCAUGAACCUGUGUUUGUGUUUAAAUCCUGACAGCUGAUUGGUCCCCUGCAGUCCAUUGAGUCAGCUGCUGUGUGAAACAGUUUAUUUGUAUAAACGUGUAAAAAUAAAUUAAAUGUAUUAAAAUGUAGAUUUAGAUUAAAUUAUUUGUGAUUCAUUAAUAUUUAAAUCAAUAUUCAAGAAUAAAAAUUAAACCAGUUAAAGCUUGAACCUGGUGUCAGUUUUUCUAAAGUAUCUUCAAAAGUAGAUUGAAAGUGUGAUUUUAGUUUUUUCAGUAAAAGUCACUGACUGAUGGUUUCCUGUUGUACGUUCUAUGUUGAAACUCUCCAAACUCACCUGAAAUAAAAUCUUCAGAUUCAC